AUGCCAGCACUAAUCACGCUACCCCUCGAGGUUCUUUUCUGGAUAUUUGAGUUUAUUCCGAAUCCGUGCGGUCGAGCAUCAUUCCUGUUCCAUCCGCUUAACAGCCUUGCUGCGACAUGUAAGCAUUUGGAUUCGGCUGUGGAAGAGUACACACGUGCUCUGCUCAAGCAACAUGCAAAUUAUGCACCCCAAAGGAAAAUCAAGAACUACACAAGCCGGCGGAAAUGGCUUGCAGAAAUAUGUCAGCUCUGCUACAAAAAAAGCAAACGAAAAUCGACACUGUGGCCAACUUUGACGUGCUGCUUGGCUUGUGAUAAGAGGCACUUCCCGAAAGUGACGAUGACGAAUGCCUCCAAGCAAUACAACCUCUCAAAGCUUGACAUCUUCACGCCAAACCGUCUACAUCCAACGCUACAUCCUCUGGCACACGGCGAGUACUCGGUGAUGGGCGGCGUUGCUACCAUGAUCUACGAGCCCGAUCUCGUUGCGCGACGUGACUAUAUUCAUGGACGCCUCAGUAGUGUGGACAAACUUGAUACGAGUCUGCGUAAACGGAUUAGAAGACAUGAUGGACUGAUUGCACACAUGGAAGUUGCAUACUAUGCUUCUCGCAGAGCAUGGUACCGAAGUCCCCGGGCCCAGAAAGGAGGGCACGAAAAUUCGGAGAGAGCAAGCAUGGAAACACGAGAGAGUCGAGAUGAGUUUGUGCGGAAAGUUCUGAGGGAGGAGUGGACUGCGAUGCGCACAGAAGGUGUAUCAGAGAAGACUGAUGUUGAUCUCGACUAA